UUCUGUACUCCGCCCACAAGCUGAACAAAUUUUUCAAGGCUCGUGCAUAUCACAUUUUCCGUGGUAUUUUGUGACUAUGGGCAGUUCGGGACAGAUGGAAAUUGGUCAGAGCGGUUCAUCCACGACUAACUUAGUCACGGCGACUCGUCAGGCGUCAAAAAUUAGGCUGAUCCUUGCUGUUCUGCUCAUAAUAUUCGUUGUGUUGACAAUCGUGUUCGUUGUCCUCUACGUGAACGAAAAAGAUGACGACAGUGAUGCAGCGAAUAUCGGGGAAAAGGGAGGACAAGGCGGGAAAAAUAAAACCACUUCGACGGCGAGUCCAACACAGGCUCCAACACAAUCUUGCGAAGAUACGUCUUGUGUAAUAAGUGCAGGAGACAUCCUUCAGAAACUUGACUUCUCCGUGAGUCCUUGCGAUGAUUUUUAUCAAUACAGUUGUGGUGGGUUUGUCAGAAAGAACUAUAUCGCGGACGACAAAGCAACUCUGAACUCCUUCAACUUUGUUGGGGAGGCUGUGCAGAACAACCUAAGAAGGUUACUGGAGGACGAGGGCUUAAAGAAAAACCAUUCAAAGUUUCCAAACUCAGCCGUAUCAAAAGCGUUUGAUUAUUACAGUUCUUGUGUCAACCUGACACAUAUCGAAAAAGCAGGACUGACCCCUAUUAACGACUUGAUCAAGAAAUAUGGAUCCAGUCCGUUAUUGGAUAACAACUGGAAUGCUUCCGAUUGGAACCUGGAGCGUACUUUGGGACGAUUGAUGGGCGAGCUCGGGCUUGGAGUGUUUGUCUCACUUGAUAUAACGCAAUCGUUGUGGGAUAGAUCACGUCGUAUGAUUGGUGUGGGCGGUGGGAUCAGUGGUUUGGGGUUUGAGGAAAAGUUGUCUAGUGCUACUCAGCAAGCACGGCUUAUAGCUGGAUACAAGAAAUAUAUGACCACGGUGUUUACACUGCUUGGAAUAAAAAAUGAGACAGUCUUGAAAAGCGUUGUUGAUGAACUCUUCUUGUUGGAGGCCAGUUUUGUCUUGUCCAAAGGCAAUCUUCAGGAGACAGCGGCCGUUGAAGGCUAUUACAAAGCCGUUCAAGAAAUGACCCUGGGAGAAUUGAAUAAUCUCACUGAGUACAAGUUCAACUGGACGACUUACAUUAAUGAAGCGCUCAGCGUCGCUGGAAAGUCGGUCGGUGAAGACGAAAAAUUAAUGGUUGCUUUGCCUAAGAAUGUUAAAACGGUUAUCGCUAUCAUGACGACGCACACUCCUAAGAGCAAAAUGGCCAACGAAAUCAUUUGGUGUGUUGUAAAAAACAUGAUAUUUUCAAUGCCAAAGGAAUUCAGAGAGGCUGAGAAUGAGUUGAACGCGAUUUCCUCUGGGAUAGAGACUCCUCCACCGAGAUGGAAAGGAUGCGGGGAACUAACAAACACCAAUUUCGAAUACGCCACAACAUCGCUAUAUGCCGAUAGGUUUCUCUCUGAGAUGGCUAGAAAUAGGGCUGCCGACAUGUUCUAUGAGAUAAGAAAGCAGUUUAUCAAAGGAUUAGAAGAGCAAGAUUGGAUGGACAACUCAACUCGCAACCAAGCUCGUAUCAAAUUACUCGCUAUGAAGGAGAGUGUUGGUUAUCCUCUAUUUAUAAAGAAUAAAACAUAUUUGAACAGUAUGUAUGAGACGUUCCCGGUGAAUCCCUAUGAUCUCUUUCAAAAUAAACUGGAUAUCGACAAAGCCAAAGUUGUGUUAGGAAUUAAAGGACUUGACCAAGCGCCUGACGACAGAAGAUUUCCUCAACCUCCAGUCGGUGUGAAUGCCUUUUAUGAUCCUCAAUCUAACAAAAUAACGGUUUUGACCGGAAUGCUAAAGGAACCUUUCUACGGAAGCGAAAGAUUGAAGGCGUUGAAUUACGGUGCUGUUGGAGUAAUCAUUGGCCAUGAAAUCACACAUGGAUUUGAUACUUCAGGUAGUCAGUUUGACGAGAAGGGAAAUCUGAGGUCCUGGUGGACCCCGGAAUCUCACCAGAAUUAUCAACAACGAUCCAAUUGCAUGUUGAAACAAUACAACAACACAUACGUCUAUGGAAGGAAGUUAGACGGCCUUAAGACGCUACCUGAAAACAUAGCGGAUAACGGUGGUCUCAAAUAUUCAUAUCGAGCGUAUCAAAAGUGGCGUGAGGCGAAUGGCGAAGAAGAUAAACUACCUGGACUCGAUUUUAACAAUGAUCAACUGUUCUUCAUCGGUUUUGCACAGGCGUGGUGUGCAAAAUAUCGAGAGGAAGCUAUUUCACAUCUUUUACAGUCCGACACUCACUCUCUGAACCCAGCUAGGGUUCGGGUUCCAAUUUCUAAUUUCCCAGAGUUCAGCAAAACGUUUGGUUGUAAGAAACCGACGGAAAUAUGUAGUGUAUGGUAGUAUUGGUAUCUGCAUCGCGUUCUUGAGCUGUGGCUCGCAAGUGAAUUUUAUUUUUAUUAAACUUAAUCACAUCAAGCAUCUUAAACAUUUCGACAUGUUUUGCUUUUACUUUCAAACGUGAACAUUUUUUAAUCAAAUUUUAUCACAACACAACAUACUGAUGUAAAUGUUUAAAAAGUGAUUGUCGCUAAACUAUGUCUUAGACAGAUUUGUCUAAGGACAUAGUUUAACACUAGACGACACGUGCAUGGGUGAAUAUAGCUAGGAAUAGCCUUUAUAAGUUCACGAUAGUUAGAUCCAAAUGAAUACCGUGUUUCAAGGCUGUUUUUAGUCUUUUUUCAAAUGUAGUAAUAAUCUGAGAUUUGUAGAAGCUGAAUUUUAACAAAUUGCGGAUGAAUAUAUUUGUAAGUUCUGUUAACCGUGGUUGGAGGUGAAAUAUCAAAUAUGAAGUGCAUUGUAUUCGUGAUUACGAUAUGCGGGUAAACAUGCACAAGGUAAUGAGCACAUUAGUUGAGCAUAAUUAUAUACCCCACUUUUAGCAAAUUCCGCUAUCCAGCCAACCUUUUGAGAUCCGUCGCUCUUAUCUCACGGAAAUUUGCGGCUCUGUAUGGGGGUGAAGUACUCCAUUGAUUAAGUGGGCGUGCAUAAAUUACUUGCGAUAUUUUGCCACUUCAACAUUUUGCAUGUAAUUAUAUACAUCAAUAAGACAAUAUAUAACCCGUCGCUAUUAUUUUAACAUAUUCAAAUACAUCUUUAACUCUACCACCAACGAAGUUUUAUCGUGACAAAGAGUUCGAACUUUCGCCAACAACUUUUCAAAAUGCCUCGCAAAACUGUUGUCGUUUUCAGCGGUACGGGCGCCCAGGGUUUCAGCGUCGUUAACGCAUUGCUGGAACAUGGAAAAUACCGCAUUCGCGCCGUCGCAAAGUCGACGGACAACAGAAAAGCGUUGAUGCUUCGGGGGAAAGGUGCAGAAUUAGCGCGAGCUAACCUCGAUAGCCUAGACGCUUGCAAGGCGGCAGUUAAGGAGGCCUACGCUGUGUUUCUCGUCACGAAUUUUUGGGAACAUCGCGAUGGGAAGCGUGAAUUUCAACAAGGGAAGAAUGCUGUUGAUGCCUGCAUUGAAGAAGGAGUCAAACAUCUUGUCUUUAGUGGUCAGGAAAAUGUCCAGAAACUUCGUGGUUAUGAAUGCCCUCACUUCGAUGCCAAAGGUAGAAUCGAGGAAUACAUACAACAAACUGUGCCAUCGACAAUGGACUGGACUAUUAUUCGUAUGCCUUUUUAUUUUAACAAUUUCCUCACCGCCAGCAAGCCUAUGAUUGAUUCUGAUGGCAACAGAUUGGUCGCGAUUCCCAUGGGGAACGUUCCCCUACCGGGGAUUGAUGUCCGCGAUGUGGGAAGAUGCGUCGUGACUAUUUUAGAUGAUCCGGAGACAUACGCACAAAAUGUUCUGGGUCUUGCAGGUGGAAUACACACUGUCCAGGAGUACUGUGACAUCUUGAGUAAACAUCUCUCUCCACUAGUGUUUAAGGAUACGAAACAAACAUUAGAACGCCACGCCGUCCUGCCAUAUCCCUCUGGUGUUGAAAUGGCAAGCAUGUUUCAGUUCUACCAAGAAGGAGUUGAACGAAGUGUUGAAAUAACGAAGAAACUCAAUCCGAAAGUUUGCUCUUUCGAAACAUUUGUUCAGAAUCACAAGAAAGAAUUAUCAAUGCACUAGACUACAAAGAUACCACUUUACCACAAAGAUAUACAGACGUUCUUUUUCAUGGCGGAUAACGUGUAUAGAGAGUUAAUAUUUUCUAAGUUAAAAUAAUUCGUCAAUACAGAAGUGGAAUCGUUAUAUAGUCUUGUUGAAAUGAUCAGGGCGUGGUCUCACAGGGUAAUAUUUUAUAACGUUUUGUGCUCUUACUGUAGUCCAGGUCACCCUUCCUGUCGUAAUACACGCCCCACUGGAACCGAGACUCCCGUUCCUGGGAGGUCAGGGAGGAACUAGGGACGAGUACCCUGUUGUACCCUGUGAGAUCUGUACAAACAGCUAGGGUUGACGAAUGGAAACUCUCGCGUGUGGAAUCCCACUUGAUUCACGCUUAUCUAUGUUUGAUCAGCUGAUUCCCGUCGCUUUUUUUAACGGCAUAUAUUGCUUUGUAUUUUGUAGUCAAAUUGGUACAGAAAACUCCUCAGGGUGUCAGCUGAAAUUAGGCUAAUAUAAUUUAUCCCCGCACUUUAUCUUGUGCAUACUUACAUUUGAAGUGUUUAUCUACUUGAAUAUAUGUAUAGCGUGGUAGUAUCAAUAAAA